AAAAUGUACUUGUGUAUAAACUGUUUUCAGUUUUCUGAUCUCAUUUCCCUAAACUGCUUUUGACACAUGAAAAACUACGACACCCCUCUGUAAUGAUUCCUCGUCCCCUCUAAUUGACAAUUAGAUGGCUGUCGGAAGAGCUACCUAAAUAAGAUCUGCUCGGCUUAAAUCUGCACUCACUAUACCCACCGCCAUUUGAUGUUAGAUUCGUCCGAUAAGGUCUAACUCAGAGAAGUUUUUUUGCUGCCUCAAAGGAUUUAAGCAACUUUAGAGGAACAUUAUCUCGAAUACAUGGGGACUGAAAACCCCGAUCGUCCCAAUUUUCCAUUAAGACAUGCUUCCACACCUUUUUCAGCUCCACCGAGUUCCAUACCUUUUCAAGCAUCUAGUAUUCAGCCUCCCCCACCCACGCCAUACUCACCUGUCCCUGUAGAUGGCUCCAAAUCUUCUGGCUUCAGACCUAUGUCACCAGGGGUUCCUAGCAGUCCAUCACAGCGACCUCCAAUUUCAGCAUUGUAUGGCCCAUCAGCUACAACCUCUUUCCAGCGUUAUCCAACUCCACAGUUUUCUUCAACUCCUCAGUUUCCUCCUCCUUCUCAUACUUCAUUUGUUGGUCAGCCAUCUUUCCAAUCACCACCUCCGCCCAAUGUGGGUCCCUCACAGAGCAUGAGCACUUUACAGCCGAGUGCCCCUAUGAAUAGCUUUCAGCAAUCCGCACCCCCGACAUUAUCAUCAUAUUCUAUUUCUAGACCCACAUUGCAACCGGGUUUUCCAGGAUAUCCUAGUCAGCAACCCACUGCAGCUGCACAACACCUGAUUGGGCAAUCCGCACCAUUUUCUUCCCAACAAGGAGGAUAUACUCCACAUCCUGCUGCUGGACCUCCUAUACCUCAAAUGCAUGGAUUGGUAGAAGACUUCAAUUCACUUUCUAUUGGGUCUGUUCCAGGAUCUUAUGACACAGGAGUUGAUGCUAAACUUUUACCCAGGCCACUUGAAGUUGAAGAUGAUAUGCAUCAAAGUCCCUUGUCUGAAAUGUUCCCUAUGAACUGCAGUUCUAGGUAUCUGCGGCUAACAACCAGUGGCAUCCCGACUUCACAGUCUUUAGCUUCAAGAUGGUAUUUGUCUCUUGGAGCUGUUGUUUGCCCUCUUGCUGAGGCUCCUGAUGGGGAAGAAGUUCCAGUGGUCAAUUUUGCCACAACUGGUAUUAUACGUUGUAGAAGGUGUCGCACCUAUGUAAACCCAUAUGUGACAUUUACAGACAACGGAAGAAAAUGGAAGUGCAACAUGUGCCAAUUGCACAAUGAUGUUCCAGGUGAUUAUUUUUCACAUUUAGAUGCCAGAGGCAGAAGGGUCGAUUUUGAUCAGCGGCCUGAGCUCAGUAAAGGUAGUGUGGAAUUUAUUGCCCCAGCUGAAUAUAUGGUCCGACCUCCAAUGCCACCGUUGUAUUUUUUCCUCAUUGAUGUAUCAAUAUCUGCUGUAAAAAGCGGAAUGCUUCAGGUUAUAGCAAACACCAUCAAAAGUUGUUUGGAUAGAUUGCCUGGAUUUCCAAGAACACAAAUUGGGUUCAUAACUUAUGACACCACCAUACAUUUUUACAAUAUGAAGUCAUCUUUGACACAACCUCAGAUGAUGGUUGUGUCAGAUCUCGAAGACACUUUUGUUCCAUUGCCAGAUGAUCUUCUUGUCAACUUGUCAGAAUCUAGGGCUGUAGUAGAUGCAUUUCUCGAUUGCUUGCCAUCAAUGUUCGAAGAGAAUGUAAAUGUUGAAUCAGCUUUUGGUCCUGCACUUAAAGCUGCAUUUAUGAUCAUGAACCAACUUGGUGGUAAACUGUUGAUCUUUCAGAACACGCUUCCAUCACUGGGUAUUGGCCGCUUGGUGCUGCGUGGAGACGAUCCUCGCCUGUAUGGAACUGACAAAGAACAUAUGCUGAGAAUACCAGAAGACCCUUUUUAUAAGCAGAUGGCUGCUGAUUUCACCAAGUAUCAAAUUGCUGUAAAUGUAUAUACAUUUAGUGACAAGUAUACUGAUUUAGCAACAUUAGGGACCUUGGCAAAGUAUACUGGUGGUCAAGUAUAUCAUUAUCCAAGUUUCCAUGCUUCCAUUCAUAAAGAUAAGUUGAGCUAUGAGUUGGCAAGAGAUUUGACAAGAGAGACUGCCUGGGAGUCUGUCAUGCGAAUACGAUGUGGAAAAGGCAUUCGGUUUACCACCUAUCAUGGUAAUUUUAUGCUGCGAUCCACUGAUCUUGUAGCGCUUCCAGCUGUUGAUUGUGAUAAGGCUUAUGCAAUGCAGCUAUCUCUUGAAGAAACACUGCUAACUACCCAGACAGUUUAUUUCCAAGUCGCUCUGCUAUACACAUCAUCAUCUGGAGAAAGGCGAAUCAGAGUACACACAGCUGCAGCACCCGUGGUUGCAGAAUUAGGAGAAAUGUAUCGUCUUGCUGAUACCGGUGCUAUUGUUUCCUUGUUCAGUAGGCUAGCUAUUGAGAAGACUCUUUCCUCUAAACUGGAAGAAGCAAGGAGUUCAGUUCACCUUAGAAUCGUUAAAGCCCUAAGAGAAUAUCGCAAUCUGUAUGCUGUUCAACAUCGCUUAGGGGGGAGAAUGAUAUAUCCAGAAUCAUUGAAAUUGUUGCCUUUGUAUGGGCUUGCUCUGUCCAAGUCAACACCACUACGGGGUGGUUAUUCCGAUGUUCAACUUGAUGAGCGAUGUGCAGCGGCAUUCACAAUGAUGGCAAUGCCUGUUAAAAAGUUGUUAAAACUUUUGUAUCCUACUUUGACUCGUAUAGAUGAGUAUCUUCUGAAAACAUCAGCUUCUGUCGAGGAUUCCAGGAACAUGUUGAGAAGGCUGCCACUCACCAUAGCUAGUUUAGAAGACAGUGGACUCUACAUCUAUGAUGAUGGCUUUCAGUUUGUUAUAUGGUUUGGUAGAAUGCUCUCACCUGAUAUCAUCAAAGCUUUACUUGGUAAUGACUUCGCUGCAGACUUGUCAAAGGUUUGCAUUCAUGAGCAAGAUAAUGAAAUUUCAAGGAAAUUAACUGGCUUGCUUAGCAAGUAUCGGCAAAGUGACCCGUCAUAUUACCAGAUAUCUCACCUUGUGAGGCAAGGUGAACAGCCCAGAGAAGGAUUCUAUCUACUCAAGCAUUUAGUUGAGGACCAGAUGGGUGGUUCAAAUGGCUACAUGGAUUCGAUUAUUCAAUUACACCGCCAAGUUCAGCACAGUGCAUAAAAUGCAGUUUGGGUUCCAGAUUUCCAAUGAUGGUUGGAUUUUAUGUAAAAGAAGUAAAAUAUGGGAGUCACUUGAGGAGUUUUCCUUCUUAUCCAUCUAUCUUUUGACAACGCACUCGGGAUCAAGCACGGAGUUCUGCAUUUUGAUGGAAGGAACAUGACAGGAAUCAGUGAAUCACUUGCAUUGCUCCUGUAGUUGAGACAGGAGGAAAGUGGCAAAGGAAUGUCCGUGGAGAGCGUAUAUAAAUGAACAUUUCUGCCUUACAGCAAAGUCUUCGUUAGUGUCCGAUACAAACUCAUUUUCAUUUUUGUUCAACUUUUAAAAAGUAUGUAUGUCAAUGCUUCCAACUGCAAUUUUUGGCCAUUCAGUUUCAGUUGUACACAUUGUUUGCACCUCAUAUCAUUUUAAGCAUUGUGCAAUAUAUGUAUACUUUCCUAUCCCUAGUGACCAUUACAAAUUUACAACAGGUGAGAAAUGUGUUGGAUUUCUUUCCUAUGGUAGACAUUGGUAGUAGUAGUUGGAAAUUUGGAUUUGUAAGCAUGGCGGGUUUAUAUACAUACAAUAGUUUACACUGAAUGUCACAAAUCGCCCCCGGCUUCAGUGGCACUGCUGCAUUUAGUUUUCCAACUUCAAUUCAUAGACAAUCUUAACAUUGCUCGCCGAUAUAGUGAUGAUAUUCUUGUGUGAUACGGAGUAUAUUAUAGCUUAGAUUAUUACGAUUUAUAACACACGGACUUCUCGUGUUUCCUUUAUUUCAUUCACAAAUUCUAAUUUGGUAUUCAAUUCCCACUUAAUCUACAUUUUUUUGUUUAUUAAUU